UCUGUCUCUGCUCCUUGUUUGGGAGGCUGGUGGGAGGAGAAGAGCUGAAGGGGCUAUAUAAUCUCUGUGCUUUCAGAUACACAGAGCACCAUCCCAGGGCCGCUAUCCCCAGCCAAGCACUGUCAGGGGCUGUUUCCUGUCUGGAGGUCCUGAGGACAUUGACAUAGAAGAUGUGUGAGGAAGAGGACAGCACAGCCCUUGUUUGUGACAAUGGGUCAGGGCUCUGCAAAGCUGGCUUUGCUGGGGAUGAUGCUCCGAGAGCAGUUUUCCCCUCCAUCGUGGGUCGUCCCAGGCACCAGGGUGUGAUGGUUGGUAUGGGUCAAAAAGACAGCUACGUAGGUGACGAGGCCCAAAGCAAAAGAGGAAUCCUGACCUUGAAAUACCCCAUAGAGCAUGGCAUCAUUACAAACUGGGAUGACAUGGAGAAGAUCUGGCAUCAUUCUUUCUACAAUGAACUCCGUGUUGCACCUGAAGAACACCCGACUCUGCUGACCGAAGCACCAUUGAAUCCCAAAGCCAAUCGAGAAAAAAUGACCCAGAUUAUGUUUGAGACUUUCAACGUGCCAGCCAUGUAUGUAGCUAUUCAAGCUGUUCUGUCCCUGUAUGCUUCUGGUCGUACCACAGGGAUUGUGCUCGACUCUGGGGAUGGUGUCACCCACAAUGUGCCCAUUUAUGAAGGCUACGCUUUGCCGCACGCCAUCAUGCGUCUGGACCUGGCUGGCCGUGACCUGACAGACUACCUCAUGAAAAUCCUGACAGAACGUGGCUAUUCCUUUGUGACCACUGCGGAGCGUGAAAUUGUCCGUGACAUCAAGGAGAAGCUGUGUUAUGUGGCCCUGGACUUUGAAAAUGAGAUGGCCACUGCUGCCUCUUCCUCCUCUCUGGAAAAAAGCUACGAACUUCCUGAUGGUCAGGUGAUCACCAUCGGAAACGAACGCUUCCGCUGCCCGGAGACCCUCUUCCAGCCAUCUUUCAUUGGCAUGGAGUCUGCUGGCAUUCAUGAAACCACUUACAACAGCAUCAUGAAGUGUGACAUAGACAUCAGAAAGGAUCUUUAUGCCAACAAUGUGCUGUCUGGAGGCACUACAAUGUACCCAGGCAUUGCAGACAGGAUGCAAAAGGAAAUAACUGCUCUGGCUCCCAGCACCAUGAAGAUCAAGAUCAUUGCUCCUCCUGAACGUAAGUACUCCGUCUGGAUUGGAGGCUCUAUUCUUGCCUCCCUCUCUACUUUCCAGCAGAUGUGGAUCAGCAAACAGGAAUAUGAUGAAGCUGGCCCAUCUAUUGUUCACCGCAAAUGCUUUUAAAUUGCUCUAUCUUUAUAUGUCUUUUUAGCAUAUUACUGUGAAUGUAUUCAGGAAAAUACAUUCUUAUAAUUUCAUUCCAUAAAUCCUUCAUCAUGACUGAUUAAUUGGAUACUAUGUAUUUUUUGGAAUAAAUUUUAAAUAUGCAAAUGAGAUUGCUGCUCCUAUUUUUAAAAGACAGGCAUUUUUGGAGGUACCAUUACAGCUGGUGUGAAGCUCCAUCUUGUGGCGUAAAUUUGUUACCACACUACACCGGGCUUAAUAGAAAAAGUAGUAAGUACCACUCGCUCAAUGGUAUCAGUGCUAGAAAAUGCUUGACUAUCAGGUAGUGUGUUGUUGAUGUUUAGCCUCAGUAAGCAUUUUAGUCUGCAAGCAAAACUAGUCUUGAUUUUUCAAGCUCUGGGCAGCACCAAAGGAGCAUAGCGUCUGUUUGAUACCAGGAUGAGCAUGUGCAUUCUGCUUUGCAUCUGCUCUAUCCAGAAAUAUUAUCUGUCCAAAUCACUUCUUAAUUCACAGCUGUCAAGCUAGAAGAAGUUCUCUCAUUGUAUAGCCCAGAGGUAGAAUGCUUUAUACAGCAAUUCCAGGUGAUUUCUUUAAAGAAACAAAACCUGUUCAUUUAGAGCAUAGCUAAGUUCUGAUAUUAGAUUGAACACGGACUUUUCUAUUACACGUCCUCAGGAUGAGUGUAGCCUAUUUUUGUUGUUUUGAUUUCCAGCGAGGUCUAAAGGGUAAUUAAGCUGGCUUAAUACACUUGCUCUUCGGAACUCUUUUUUUUUGGCAGGGGGUGGGGUGGGAUACAUAAGGGGAUAUAAUGUAAUCAGAGCAGAUUAAAAUGUUUUUAGAAAUUUUUCUUUUUCUGUGACUUUUCUGAUUCCACUUAUGUCUUAAAUACAUUGAAAUUGAUAUUAAAAUAGAAGUAUAUGCAUAGAAGUUGAAGCCAGUACUACUACUGUCUUACAAGUAUAUAUAUAUAUAUGUAUGAAUAAAGUAAUCACAAGACAGACCUGGAAAAGGUCUGUUCUAAGGAACUUGCUGCACUCUGUAUUCAUUAGAGUUCAGGAUAAAGGAUGCUAUUUAUUUUUGUUACCUCUUUUUCUGUCUUAAACUCAAUAGUUUAUUUACCUCACUUACCUGUUACUCCUUAUCUUCAAACUGUAAACUCUGCAAUAGCACCUGUUAUUUACUGUGACUGCGUAACUGUUGGGUUUCAGAUCUUGUCCAUCUUCUGACUGUUAGCACGUUCCAAACGUUUUUGUACUAACCUUAUUAUUUAAAGUAUAGGUCAUCUAGGUUCUUGGAACAGAUAUUAAAUAAACUCUUGUAAGAGCAAA